AUUGAAAAACUCUAUGUCUUUUAUUUGGUUCUGUCCAAAAAAAUGUAUGAAAGAAUUUCUAUCGGAAAUACUGAAGACAAUUACGUAAAACACAGUAUGAUUGAAGAAUCGGAGCUACAACUAAGAAAGGAAAUCAGAAACAUAACACCAACCUCUCAAGAUGAUUUCAAGAAGGGCAAAAUGGUUGAAGAGGCAGAGUCAAAACUGCAUGAAGAACCCAAAGUAAUAACAUCAUUAGCUGAAUCUAAAGAUUUAUUGACUCUAAGGCUUGACAAUAACACUAAGCCAAAUCCCAAUCUGUUAGAGAAUGGUGGUCAUUCAAGUUCAUCCGAAAAUGUUAUUGCUGAAGUUUUACCUAAGGAAUUCCCCUGCCUUUUUUGUAACAAGAAGUUCUCAAAUUUACAGGCUCUCGGAGGUCACCAAAACGCUCAUAAGCGUGAGCGUGACUUAAUAAAAAAUGAACGAAAAAUGAAGGAGGAGAAAAUGGAUUCCAUCCAUAGGGUUAAACCUACUUUUUCAUACACUUAUCCUUAUUCGGGUCCCAGUCACUAUCAAGGGUAUUCUGAUUUUCGUGGCAACUUCCAACAAGCAAUUGGUACUCACAUGGAUAAUAUUAUGUCUUAUUCGCUGGAUUCUCCAUCUAGUAGCUAUGGAGGAAUGUAUAUGGCAAAUACACCCUCCCCAGUACCUCCAUUCGUUAUGCCAAUGCCAAAUCCACCCCUCACAAUACAACAAUUUAGGAUGAAUAAUUAUUUAGGUGACAAUCAAAGUGUUGUGCCGCCAAUUCUUCGAAGGCCAAAUCCUGUGGAGUUAGAACUUUUUGGUCAUGCUAAUCAAACCCCUCCAUUCAGUGAGGGUGCAGAAGGAAGUUCCAAUGUUCAAUUUCCUUCUCACGAUCUUCCAAUAGAAACACAUGAUUUUAUUAGAGAAAGUCAACUUCUUAGAGAGGUCAAUGUGUCUUCUUCAUCAACUGAAUCCACAGUGGAGGAACUCGAUUUAAAUCUAAGACUUUAA